AACGGGCUAUCCUUCGGCCAUCCUGAAACGGAGCACACGCGCCACAAACUCAACAGCACGCGCGUGUCUCUCGCGGGUUCGUCAGUGUCCGAGCGGAGUGACCCGUAGGGCUCAAUAAAAAGCAUCCCACCAGUGGGUCGGUGGGUCUAGUUGAGAACAAAGCGUGUAACCUGCUGGAGGUGUCGAAGGGCCACGUGUUUUUUUUACGUGGGAAUAGUGUUUAUUUUUGUUUAGUUUUUUGCGAAAUUUACCAGUGAGUGUACCAGUGUGUAGGAGAAACGGUUCCACCAUGGCGAUGGCUUCUAUUCUUCCCGCAUCUUCUGGCGUAGGUGCAGAAAGUGAUCGUGUUCUCAAAUCCAUGGAUGCCAAUCGGUACGCGACGAAGAAAACCAUCGCCCAGGGCAUGCUGGACAUUGCGCUGCUAACGGCCAACGCAUCGCAGCUGAAGUACAUCCUGCAGGUGGGCGAAAAGCACGAGUUCUACGGUCUGAUGCUGACACUAAUCAGCAUCUCGAUCAUACUGCAGAUGCUUGUCGGCAUACUGUUUGUGGUGAUCGGUAGCUUAAACAUCAACCGCAAACCGGACCAAACGGCCGCCAUCGUACUGAACGAUGUUAUCCUGGUGCUCAUAUUUGUCAUCUCGCUGAUCAAUGUCAUCAUAUCCGGGUUCGGUAUUGAGUACUCGUCGCAACCACUCCGGUUGCUGGAGCGCGUCGAAUCGUCACCAUCCGCCACUGCUGCAACACUCACUGCUGCGGCCAAACCCUCGGUGGCUUCAUUCUUGUUGAAGUAGCAGCAAUCCCUAUCCUUUUUUCCCUCGCCAAACCAGAACACUAAUUUGCUGUAACGCCCCUAGCAUACUAACUAGCUGCUUUACUAAUUGGUUGGUACAGGUUUCGGCUGCAAUGCUGGCCGUCAUACUAACCCUGGUCAAUCUGCACGGCGGUGAGGUACAGCGGAAGGUGGCCAACAUACUGAACCACUUCUCGCUCGGGUUCGUCGUGGUGGCCC